AUGAUUUCUUCUAAUAAAGGAAAUAUCAGUGUCAAAGGUGAUACGAUAGGGCCUUGGAAAUUAGGUGAGACUUUGGGGUUAGGUAGUACCGGUAAAGUUCAAUUGGCCUACAAUGAAUCUACUAAUCAACAAGCUGCUAUUAAAGUUAUAUCGAAAUCUGUUUUUAGUAGUAUGGGUAAUAAUAGUUCAAUGGUUUCUUCAACGCCAGAUUCCUUGAGUUAUGGAAUUGAAAGGGAAAUUAUUAUUAUGAAACUAUUAAAUCAUCCAAAUGUUUUAAGAUUAUAUGAUGUUUGGGAAACAAACAAUAAUUUAUAUAUGGUUUUGGAAUAUGCAGAAAAAGGUGAACUUUUCAACUUAUUAGUUGAAAAGGGACCAUUGCCUGAAAAUGAAGCUAUAAGGUUUUUCAGACAAAUUAUAAUUGGUAUGUCUUAUUGUCAUGCUUUAGGUAUUGUCCAUCGUGAUUUGAAACCAGAAAAUAUUUUAUUAGAUCAUAAAUUAAAUAUAAAAAUUGCAGAUUUUGGUAUGGCUGCUUUAGAAACUGAAGAUAAGUUAUUAGAAACUUCAUGUGGUUCUCCACAUUAUGCUGCACCAGAAAUCGUAUCAGGUUUACCUUAUCAUGGUUUAGAAACUGAUGUGUGGUCAUGUGGUGUUAUUUUAUUUGCAUUGUUAACUGGUAGAUUGCCAUUUGAUGAAGAAGAUGGUAAUAUUAGAAACUUAUUAUUGAAAGUCCAAAAGGGUGAAUUCGAAAUGCCAGGUGAUGAUGAGAUAUCUAAAGAAGCUCAAGAUUUAUUAUAUAAAAUUCUUGUGGUAGAUCCGGAGAAGAGAAUUAAAUCUAGAGAAAUCUUAAAACAUCCAUUGUUGCAAAAAUAUCCAAGCAUUAAAGAUUCUAAAACUAUUAGAAAUUUACCAAGAGAGGAUACUUACUUGAAUCCAUUAAUAGGAAAUGAUGGUGGGGACGCGACAAUUGAUAAGACAAUUUUACAAAACUUAGUUGUGUUAUGGCAUGGUAGAAAUGAAGAUGACAUCGCAAAAAAAUUGAGAGAGCCAGGCGCUAACGCAGAGAAAACUCUUUAUGCAUUGUUAUAUCGCUUCAAAGUUGAUUCAGAACAAGAAGCUUUGAAAAAUAGUCAAAUUAAAAAGAGACAAUCUAUUAUUUCAAAUAAUAAUCUUAAGUCUGGUAAUAUUAACACAACCACGCCUCAAAAGAAGAAAAAUAGAAAUUCUGUAAUUAGUGUUUCCUCUUCUCAUAAAAGACCAGUCUCAUUAAAUAGACUAUCUACUAUUCAAAAUGGUAAGGAUGUAAUUAGUGUUCCUUCAAGUAGUAAUACCACACCAGGUUCUUCCAAAAGGAUAUCGAUGAGCUUGUCGUCAAAUAAGGGAUCUAAAAUACUUCCUCAAAGUAAUAGCGGCUCACCAACUCCUGCUCCAAGAAAUAAACGUAUGUCAGUACAAAACCUUGAAACAUCUUCAAAUCCACCCCCAAUUCCUGUAGAUAUGUUAAAGGAUUAUGGAAAUUCUACAUCAUCACAUGCUAAUGCUAAAAGAGCCUCAAGAAUUAGUAAAAGGUUAUCAGUUCUUCCUAAUGCUAAACGUGGUUCAAUCACAACCAAGAUUAUAUCUACAUAUGCUAAACUAUCCGAAGAUGAUGAUUGGGAAUUCAUAGAGAAAGAAACUAAAAGAGUUAGUUCUGAUUUUGCAACUUUAAUUGAUGAAAUAUUUGAACAUGAGAAAUAUGAACAAAUUAGAAAGGAAAAAGAAGAAUUGGAAAGGAAAGUUAGGGAAAAUAAAGAGCGUGAAGAAAGACAAAAAAGGCAAAAGGAAGUAGAAUUAGCCGCAAUUGCAAGAGAACGAGAGGAACUUCAAAGGAGAUUAGAAGAAGAGGAAACUCAGAUAACUAAAGAGCUGCAACAGGAUACUAAAAAUUUCCAAGAAGAUGAAGUUGUUCAUAAAAAUGUUAGGUCCAUAUCUUCACCAGUAGAGAAUGGAAAUGAAGCUAAAUCUGAAGAAGAUGCAUCAGGUCAACGUUCAUUUUCUUUGCAAACAAGACCAGUUUCAAAGUUAGAUCCCGGUAUUAAAUGCGGUAGUAAUAAACCUGUACAAAUGGAAGAAAUUGUUGAAGAUGAAUUAGACAAAACCAUCGAUUCUCAGAAAGUCAUCUUGGAGACAAUUAGACGUUCUAAGUUUUUGGGCUCAUCAUUCAACAUUGAUAAAGAAUUGAAACAAGUUAAAAAGGAUGCUGAGGUUAAAAGAAUGAGGAAAAGUCAAAAAGAGGAUCGUGAUGUAUCGGGAAGAAUAGUUUCAGAAACUAAUGAACAAUAUGAAACCCAAGUUUUACCUAAAAAUGCAACCGCUUUUGGUGCUUUGAAAGAUGAUAGUGAGGAAGUAGAGCCUAGAAAAAUAUCAGACAUUCAAGUUCCUCAGUUUACUAGAAAAUCUAAAUUAUUUACAGAUUCGAAUAAAAGGUUAUCAGUCCUUUCAAUUUAUUCUUCUACUCAGUCAUAUACUAAUUUAGCAAAUGUUUUGAAGGAAGGAGGUGUUGACAUUGGUGUCAACGAAGGUUCUAAUAAUGUUGAGGUAUCUGAAGAACCAGAAUUCCAAUUCGAAACAGUGGGAACUGAAAUUGAGAACAAUAAAUAUGAAGAGGAGAAAGAAAUAGAAAAUGAAAAUAACCUUUCACAAGGCGCUAAUAUUAAAUUAAAUUAUGCUGACAGAUUUGAUACAGCUGGAAAUGUUAAUGAAGUUAAACUACCAACUUUACCACCCUUAGGAGAUGAUAAAGUUUCGGAUGGUUUGGGUAUUUAUAGUUCUAAAAGUGGAUCAGAAGGAAAUGAAAGUAAACCUGUUCCUAGUAUAAAAGAAAAUAAAUCUGAAGAGACAUUAAAGGAAAAGAAUGUGGAACCAAAGCCACCAUUGAAUGAUGUCGUUCCAAAAACAAGGGAUACUAAGAAAACGAAUGUAGUACAAAAUAAUAAUGCUAAGCAUUCUUCAGAUAAACCAAGAAGCACAUCUUUUUUCAGAAAAAUAUCUAAAGGUUUAACAGUCCAAAAUGAUACAACUGGUUAUGACGUUAAGUUGUUUUCUAAUGUGUCUGUAACCCAACUAUACAACGGUUUAUUCAAUUUAUUAAAAGGUUGGAAAGAUUAUGGAUUAAAAGAAAUUAAAAGUAAUAAAGAAGCUUUUUCUAUUAGUGUUCGUUUAUCCAGUGAUAAUAUAUUAUCAUUGAGGUCAACAUUUGUAGAUAUGGUUGUUUUUUCAGAAGGUAAGCAUAGUGUAAUUGGAUUUAGAAAGAAAUCUGGGUCUAGUAAAACAUUGAAAAGAUUAACAUCUGAAGUUGAAAAAGUACUAAGGAAAGAAGGUGUUUUAGCCAAAUAG